CUGUUUUCGUAGAUUUACCUUUUGUUUUGUUUUACACAUUUAACACUUUCCGUUGGAUAUUUUACAGUUGAUAAACUCUUGUUGUUGUUUUUUUCAAUCGUAAUUGCAACGAUUAAUGUGCUGGUUGACGAGAGGUCAUCGAUUUGUUUAUAGGCAAAACUAGCAUUUCUCAACAGUUGAGGAUAAUAAUGGAUAAGCAAAGUUUACAGAUUGAGGACAUUGACUUUCAAGUAGGGGAGUUUUCCAUAGCUCUAAAUGACUCUGGAACGGAGAGUCUCCUCAGGGAUCCUGACACUUCUCUUUGUGACUCCACUGAAGCAGAGGACAAAGAUGAAAGUAUCCAUUCGUCUCACAUAUUCGGCUCAUCCUCUUCUUUGGCUGAAGAUAAGACUCAUCCUGCUGAUGAAAAAUCACCUCUUAGACCCAAGAGUCCAGGGGGCAGCUUUGACCCUCAAGGCUUUUUAGAGAAAUAUGUUGGCAUUGUGACAUUGCCAAACCAAGUCCAACAGAAAGCAGUGAAGAAGGGAUUUGUGUUCAAUCUGAUGGUUGUUGGUGAGUCUGGCUUAGGCAAAUCCACUCUGGUCAACAGCCUUUUCCACACAAACCUCUAUAUGGACAGAUGCAUGCCUGGUGUUUCAGAGAAGAUAGCUCGGACAGUAUCAAUAACGAAAAGCACUUUAGACAUUGUUGAAGAGGGAGUAAAUCUAAGGCUCACUGUUAUCGACACCCCCGGUUUUGGAGAUGCCCUUAAUAAUCAUGAAAGCUGGAAGGCCGCAGUUCAUUAUGUAGAUCAGGAGAUGGAGAAGUACCGCAGAAAUGAGAUCGGGCUGAACCGUAAAAACAUAACAGACAACAGAGUGCACUGCUGUCUGUACUUCAUUUCGCCUCAUGGCCAUGGUCUCAAACCAAUUGAUGUGAACUUUAUGAAAGCCCUGGAUCAGAAGGUCAACAUUGUGCCUGUGCUGGCUAAAGCAGACAGCCUCACUCCAAAAGAAACACGCAAUAUGAAGGCAAAGAUUUUGAGUGAAAUUGACAAAUUCAAAAUCAGGAUCUUCCAGGUCUCAGACUGUGACCCUUAUAAUGAAGAUCUGUUUAAGCAGCAGACUCUAGAGUUAAAGAGAAGUAUACCCUUUGCUGUUAUUGGGAGUAAUACAGUAGUAGAGAAAAAUGGCAGGAGAGUUCGAGCCCGUGUCUAUCCAUGGGGCACUGUAGAAGUUGAGAAUCCAUCUCACAGUGAUUUUGUGCAUCUGAGGAACAUGUUGAUCCGCACACACAUGCAGGACCUGAUACACACAACCCACUAUGUGUUGUAUGAGAACUAUCGUAUAAAUUGCCUGUGCAGGAACCCAUUCUUGGAGAAUGUGUAAGGAUUUUCAGCGAGAUGACAGAUGAGGACAAUAUGUGUCUCACUGAAACCUCAGAAUGGAAGAGGCAAUGAAUGGGCCUACUGAAGAAAAAGAAAAAAAUUAACAAGUACAAUUUUAAAAAGUUAACUUAAAGACAGAGCCACGACCCUAUCGAAUGUUUGAAUUAUUAUAAUUGCUUUGAGGGGUCUAAGAAAAUGUUUUAUCAUUUAGAGCCAUAAAUUUAUUUGGGGUAAGACAAAAAUAAAUAAAUAAAAAUAGAAACUAUGUAACUAAAAUACAAUUAGCCUCUUUCUACUGCUUAAAUUUAAAAUAGGGUACUCAAAUUUUUACUUUGAAAUAUCUUUACUGUGAAAUACUGUGAAUGUAUUGUCUCUGAAAAGAUGAAAUAACACUUUCUGUCUUUCUGAGA